UUGUACGGCCAUGACUGAGUUAAAAAGCCGAGCAUUCUACCGUGAUAAAUUCCCUAUUACAUCUAUAUAAGUAUAAAAAAAAGAGGGUGGGGUAAAAGCACAUAUUCAAACACAACUUUGGAAUGGAGAAAGUUAGCGCUUACUUUAUAUAUACACCAGCUAGUGAACAACGCUCACAUUUUCAAUGAAACCGGCCCAUUGGUAAUUGCUAUUACCCCGUGUACAGAGUGUCCACAAACACCAGUGAAUUGAUCAAAUCAAACUCUAUUUACUUUUUUCUUUUCUAUUCUAUUCUAUUUUUUAUCGAUUACUAGUCAGUCAAAAAUGAUUUGUUACAUUGCAUUUAUCUUGCUACUCACGUGGAGUGGAAAAAUCUCGGGAGAAUUGCCACCUGGUGUGACUCCCUGUCCACGUGCCAGUCCUCCAGCUGAAUAUGACAAGUGUGUGCUGCAACAACUGGAACUAGUUACACCGCAAUUAGUCAAAGGAAUACCUUCCCUGAAAAUACCACCAAUGGAUCCUCUGAUUCUACCUUCCCUCGUAAUUGAUCGCAGUCUGGAUGCCAUCAAGAUUAAGGCUAAUUUGACUGGUGUGAGAGUUUAUGGCGGAACUAACUACAAAAUUGAUGAGCUACAUGCCCAACCGGAUGAUUUGACAGUUGCUUUGAAAGCUCUAUUCCCGUACAUUCAUGUGAAAGGAAAUUAUGAUGUCAAGGGAAGUCUUCUGCUGCUCACACUCAAUGGGAAUGGAGGGUUCAGAGGAAAUUUCACAAACACUCAAGUACGAGUUCAAGCCCAAGGACGAGAAGUAACUGAUAAGAACGGAAUUCGAAGAGUUCAAGUGCACAAAUUGUUGACGAAAAUUCGGGUUGGAGAUGGAAAUAUCCAACUAAAGGCACAGCCCGCCUACAAAGCCGCAGCCGAUGCAGCAGCAACUUUCUUCAAUGGAAGUCCCCGUUUAGUGCUCGAUAUAAUAAAUCCAAUAAUUGAGGAAACAGCUACAUCGAUAGCUAAAGCAUUAGCUGCCCGAGCCUUUGGAGCUCUAACCAAAGAUGAGAUCUUGCCUUGAGACAUGGUUGUUAGUUUUUCACAACAAAAAGACAACAAA